GGUUUUAGCUGGAGAAUUCUGCCUACUGGACUCCAACUGCAGCCUCACCUCUCAGCCAAAAGGUGUGUUAUUGCCCUCAAUGAGAAGCUGAGUUCGAGCUUGAUGGCAGCAGUAGAGCAACCCAGCUCGGUAGCGGUAAAGUUCAAAGCAAUGCUCCAGCUCGGCAGCAGCAGAGCAGCCCAGCUCGGUAGCAGUUCAGCUCGGCAACAGAACAACAGCCAAGCACGGCAACAACAAAGCGGCCCAGCUCGCUGUACCAAAACAGUCCAGCUCGGCAGCGGCAAACCUCAACAGUACUCCGGCUCAACAGAAGCAAGGCAGCCCAGCUCGGCAGCAGCCAAGAGCAUGAGAAGCGAACUGCAAGAACAUGAGCUGCGAGCUGCUGAGUUCAAAAGCACGAGUUGCCGAGCUCACAAGCACGAUGCAGAACUCGGGCAAGAUCUUUUGAGCUGCUGAGCACGAGUUGUAUAGCACAAGCUGUCAAGCACGAGCUACCGAGCUCAAACACAAGCUGCAGAGGUUGAGCACGAAGUGCAGGGGUUGAGAAUGAGCUACAAAGCUCAAACACAAGCUACAUAGCUCAACCACGAACUGUAGAGGUCAAACACUUAACUGCUAAGGUCAGCCACGAGCUGCGGAGGCCGAGCAUGAAGUGCAGAAC